AUGGAUUCCACAACUCAACAACUUCCAGAACAAUCUCCUCUCUCACUCCCAGACGUUACCACCAAGAAGAAAAUCUUCCACCUCGUCAAUAAUAUUCUUCUCUUGGCAUUCUGUGUUAUUCUAUUCCUUUAUCACAUCAUUGCUGGUUUAAUUUGGUUUAUCAGUGGAAUGCUUGGAUAUGGAAUGUCAGAUCUCUUUAUGUUUUUCUUGAAUUUCUUUACUUUAUCCAUUGGAAUUACUGGAGUAGUUUCUCUGGCACGUGAAAAUAUGAAUAUUGCGUAUAGAUAUACCUUGUUGAGAUUUAAUGUUGGUUCUGCCAUGAUUGGUUUGCCAUUCUUGAGUGUUUGCUAUUUGUUUAUUUCCUUAACUGAGUAUGCUCAUUCUGUUAAUAAUAAUUAUGUUUUUGGUAUCUAUAAUUCUCCUGGAUUAAACUAUGCUCACUGUACAAUUGCCUUAAUUUGGUCAAUUGUCUCAUGUGCAUUGGCAAUUAGUAGCUCCAUAAGUGGAUUUAUGUAUUAUCAAUAUUUUGAUGAAUUUAGAUUGGAAAAAUCAAAGCAAGAAUUAAUUCAAUCUUGUCAACAAAAAUCACUUACCACUAGCACUUCAGUCAUUGUUCAACAAUAA